CACUCUUCAUAUUCUCAUUCAAUCUCGACAUAAAUUCGGUAAAAACGGCCGGCGACUUCAUUAUAUCGAUUGAUAACUUAAAACACAGUGGGAACUACAAAUACUACUGUGCAAUAAUAUAUACACCGAGGUCGAUAACGGAUUCAAUCGCUCAUUUGAGACCUGAGAAGGCUCACUUGAAGCACUUGGAAUUAUAAGCCAGAGAGCAAUUGCUUAGGAAAAUCUGGAGCCAUGGUCUUCGCCGUGCUUCCACCCGAGCUACGCAGCCUCUGCCGGAGACUGACCGCCACCAAAGUAGAGCAGCUUCCAGCUCUACUACCGUUACUCCUAAAAGACAUUCUACGCUGCCAAGAACCACUCUCAAAGCCGCAAGAGGCGAAAACUUCUGAUAAUUCUUCAGAGUCGGCAGUGCUGGUACAUAAGUUGAAGACUCAAGUAUCUUCACUGCUCAAUAGUAGGGUUACACAGGGUCGAUUUGUGGGAGUUGUGCUGGUAAAAGCUGUUGUAGAGGCUGGAGGAUGGGAGUGUCUACGAACUUCUGAAUCCUGGGUCCGUGGACUAUUAUCCAUUCUUCAAAGAAAAGACCCAGCAGUUGUAAAAGAUCUAUGUAUUGUGACAUUGGUCAAAAUAUACACAUCGAUGCAUGCGUAUCCUACUUUGGUACGGGAGAUAGUUACACCAACCCUCCCCACAUUCGCAACAGCGUGUCUCCAAAUCUUGAAGCCACCCGCAUCUAGCAAAGCGGCUAAGAUACCCAACAGUCUUGUUGAGACCAUAUUCGAGGCUCUUUCGACUAUAUUGCCGUUAUAUCCUACUACUUUACGUCAAUUUGCAUCCAAGAUAAGGGCUGGAACGCGACCAUAUACUGUCCCAACUAUCUCGGAUGGCAUGAUAGUGCCAGCAUCUUUACAAGCCAGCAGUCGGCGUCUUGCGAUCAGGUUACACAUGACUGCGGUAAAAGGCGGGGAUUCUAGCGAAUGGGCAAAGCAUUUAGAUGGUCUCAUCCGAUCAUUCUACGCCACAGCUGAGCAAGUUUUACGAGCCGUCCAAAUAGACUGGUCAUCAAUCCCAGGCCAUGCACCGAAAUCGCAAAAUGUGGACUUUGAUAAAGAACUACAAGGUGGUGGUACCAACCCAGACCAAUUGCCUGCCUGGACCGGCCUCUAUGCGGGUAGCGAAAGGAUGAUCGGCUUACUCGAUUUUAUUGGCGAAUACCUUCGCUGUCGCGCUAAAACAGUCGUCACCAUUCCAUUUAGCUCAAUUACUGGUGCAAUUGGAAUUAUUUCUUCAAUUAUUCCGCCAAUUCCUGGAAAUGAGAAAUCAACAUCGAUUAUCAUGAACCCAGCCGUUGGCAGGGAAGAAAAAGAUGAGUUAUGGACAGUAUUUCCAGAUAUUCAACUUGCAGCAAUGAGAUUGCUGCUUGUUGCGAUACAGCGACUACGAAGAAAUAUCGUGCCGGUAGCGCAAGAAUCGCUUGAGCAGCUAGUACGGAUGUUUGAGUCAAAUUAUCGCCUACCAGAAACGCGGAUAAUGACCUUCAUUCUCACAAGGGAGUUACUUCAAUUAUGCGGACCAACAUUGCCAAAGCUUACUGUUGAAAGUCUAAGCCUGGUCGUAAAAGCCUGCUGUCGCGAUCUAUUAGGAUCUGCGGGUCAUUUGAAGCGACCAAAACAGACAGCAUCUGCUAUUCAAAAUGGCCUGAAAAAUACAUUAGUCAGUCAGAAUGCAGACGCUUUUCUCGGUAAUGGUGCCGAAGAUGAGUCUAUCUCGGUUGCCUUGAGCGCCGACCAUGUUUCGGCAGCUGGAGAGCUUCUGACUACACUCUUCAGCCAUCUGCCUCAACAAUAUAUCCCUUCGUCGCUUCGAGCUUACAUGCUUAAAACAGCUAUACUAUGUCAAAACAAGGAUGCGCAAGUAGCGAGCGUGCUACAUCCUGCGCGAGAUAAAAGCGGCAGAACACCACAAGUUAUAUUACCCUACCUUACUCAACAAUUUUCUCAUGACGAUAGUGUGGAGAUACUGCGCUUCAAUUUCCGGCCCUUUUCAACGGGUUUACGAGAUGAUAUAAUGGAAAUCGACGACGCGAUAGUCGAAGAUGAGCCAGAGGAGAAACCUCCAAGCAAUGACAUUUCAUUCGGCCAACCAUUCGUACCUUUCGCUAUGAAUCCUUCAGAAGCUUUAGCCGCUGCAGCAAAGAACGCUGAGAUAUCAAGAAAUGUUUCCCCAGUGCGCCCUGUCGAAGUCGCAGUAAAGGCCCCCAAUCCGUUUGUUUUCAAGCCAUCGGAAACGAUUGUUACAUCUGAGGAGGAAUAUACUAUUGUUACACAACCAACGCCGGCCAAUUCGUUAAAGCGCAAAAACGAAGAUGCGGAUAUCGCAGUUUCGAAACGAAUCGAGGUUGAUACUGAGACUUCUAUUAGCGCCUCAGCGCCUACCGAGCUAGAGCGGACUCUUUCUACCAAAGUUAAUGCGAAAAGUGUUCAAGAGGACUCCGAUAAAGAAAGCGAUAACGAAAGUAUCCACCUAAACAUGGAGCUUGAUUCAGAUGAAGAGGCUAGCUCAGAAGGCGACGACGACUGAUGACGACGGCGGAGGAGAGGAAGCUCAGCUCAGGACGAAUGGGCUUUCGAACCGAAAUGUUCGUCAUGCGCAGCGUCGCACUCGGCAAAAUUGGCGAGGACGGCCGUCUUGUUCCGGAUAAAAAUAUUCCACAUGGUAACUGAGGCUAGAAGAAAGGAAAAGGACAAAAUUAAAAGGAGAUGAUGGAGCCCAGGGGCGCCAUAUUUAGAUAUUAAUUGCCUUAUCGUGCAGAUGCAAGGCACCCUCGGUCGCUUCGAUGGGCUGAUGCAGACCGCGUAAUCAUGAUAUAUUGGAUUUCGUGGGGGGUUGGUAUAAUCGUAGUGGUUGUCCACGCGAGCUGGUUGGGUUCCCGUGUCUGCUUAUAUAUAUUGAGAUAGGCAGAUUUAUACUGCCUUAAGUACAUACCUCCUUACCUACUAUCUAUUUGAUUUGGAAACAUUUUAUAUUGAUAUCGAUCGGCGAGCAUUAAUACAUAUAACUGCUGAUGCAAAAGCCAAGAUACUUACACCCUUAUUAACAUUGUAUUAAUAAGACA